AUGCGUGGUAGACUUUGCUUUGCAAACGAGCAGAUCCUUCAGGUGCAUGGCGGCUGCCGUGGCAGAAGCCAGGGCUUUUCAGAAGAGCUCGACGGCGGUAGAGAGGUAGAAGUUCAGUUGGCUCUCGUAGCGCCUGGCAGACAGGGAGAUGGUCUGAGCAUGAGGUGGUUGCCGGCUGGUGCAACAUUCUAUUUGGAUCAUCCCCGCGCAGCUUUCACUGACCUAUGGCAAGGGCUGCUUGUCGGCAUCGUCUUCUGGCCACUUGCAGUGGGCAAUGCGGCUUUGGCCAAAGUCUCGCCGUCUGUCAGCAUAAAUACCAGCCUCUUCUCGCCGGUAGCAUACCUGUUGCUUGGAAGCCUUCCGCUCCUUUCGGUGCAGUCUGGAUCGACCGCAGCCUUGUGCCUUGGGGAACUUCUGGCCUCGAGUGAAGAUGAAGAUCUUGCAGCGAUUGCAGGGUUGCUGGCUGUCCUUGUUGGAGCAAUGCACUUCCUGAUGGGCCUCCUCGACUUGGGAGCGGCCGUGGAGCUGUUCUCCCAGCCCUUACUCCGUGCUCGGACUGGAGCUGCGGCACUCAUUGUUCUUUUGGGUCAGACUGAGACGCUUCUUGGACUCUCUGAUCGCGUGCAAAGCACUCCUAUACAUCGCUUCGUGACAGCCUGCUCCUCCAUUAGGGAGAUUUGCCCACAAACUGCUGGCUUAUCUGCCGCAUUGUUGACUUUUCUUUUGAUCUGCAAGGUCUUGGGACAACGGGGGGCACAACUGGAACGUGGAAGUGUUGCUCGAAAUCUCUGUGCCAGCAGCUGUACCGUCCUGCAGACCUCGGCCAACUUGGCAAUACUUGUGGCGGCAGCUGUGGUGCAGAAGUACAUGGCAGACAUGGGAGGCUUGGAGUCCUUGGAGCGUUUCGAAACUCCUUCUCCCGAAUAUGUCUUCCAACGCUGGACUUUGCAACAGUUCGUGGACACGCUGCCCACGGCCGCACUCACAGCUUUUCUCACGCUUGGCAGUCAUCUCACUGUGGCCGAAAAAGUUCGACGCCCGACCGAUUCUUGGAACCCAAGGCGGGAGCUCUUUGCUUUGGGCUCUGCAAGUCUGCUGGCUGCUCUUGUGGGAGGGAUGCCUGUAAUGGCUAACCUCGCCAUCUGUCAGGCACUGCAGGGUGCAGCAGGUGGACUCGCUACUUUUGGAAACAUCUUGGGACACCUUGUGGCUUUCGUUUCCGUCUCCCAACUAUCAAGUUUCGAUUUUCCCCGCUGUGCCGUCUCGGUAAUAUUGGUGGUAGAAUUUGCUCCAUUGCUCCGGAGCCUUCCUAGGGAAAUCUGGCACCUCUGGCAGCAGGCCUGCUUGACGUCUCCGAACAGUACGUUGCGCAUGAUCGUGGCGAGUGAUUUAAGCAUUUACUCUAUAGCGUUCUUAUCGCCUCUGGUCUUUGGAAUUGUCAACGGAUCGCUCAUUGCAGUCUGCAUGCAGGUGGCCGUCUCUUUGUCCAGGUUUGCAGGGCCCGGAUACGUCCACAUCGGCCGUGUGCCUGGAACCACCACCUACGAUGAGAUUGGGGUGCCGGGAUCCUCUGCAGUUCACCUGGAGAAGAUUGUGAUUACAAGGCCCCUUGGCCCUCGCUGGUUCGGGAAUGCAGCGGCAAACACCAGGGCUGCGAGACGCGAGCGGCGAAAUCUUGAUCGAGAGAUCCUUGUUGCGAUUGCAGACUGGCGCAUGGUCUCCUUCUUGGACGAGACUGCGCUUAUGCAUUACAAGCGCGAGUGGUCGAAUAUUGACGUGAAGGUCCUGGUGACGAACGCCUGUGCAACUGUGCGCCGGCAGAUUAAGGAGUGUGGGCUCGCCGAUGUCCUCCAGCAGCCAGAAGAGACGCUUGCAGACUUGCAUGCUGCUGUGCUGUGGGCCCAGGACUACAUCAAAACGGUCGUGCGCAUGGACGACAUCGACUAUCGACAUUGCUUCCGCGUGCACGCAGAGAGGGCUGAGCUGCUGCACGCAUCUGCACGCUUCUCACACCGGAUACCUUCGGCAGAGGACCAUUCCGAAGGAAAUUCCUUGGAGAGCUCCACUGGGUGCAUGCUCUCGGCAGGUUGCUUGCGAGCGCCACAACAGAGGCAGCUGUUUUGUCCUAGAGUGCUGCUCUUGUCGUUUGCCGAACGACGAAAGGCACCGGGAGCCGCUGGCUUUCCUCGCAACGGCGACGAGCUCAUUUCGCAGAAGGCAAGCUGGGAGAUGAAGCCAAAGCAUGUGUUCCUGCAGCGCAUUCAGAAGGAUGGAGCGCCCGUCCGACGUCAGCGUGGCAGCUGGCUUCAAACGCAGCUGGCCGCGGAGGAUGGCAGGCUCUGGUUCACGAGCAAAAGCGGCGGUUUGCCAGUUCAAGUAGACAUCGAGAUUCCCAGGACGUUCAGUACGUUUAUGAGAGGCCUCAUGUUCCGGUCUGAACUGACAGAGGGCACUGCGAUGCUCUUCCAGUGGGACCGAGAUGGAGCUAGAAGCUUUUGGAUGGAAAACACCUACAUGCCGCUAGACAUUGUGUACGUCAAUCGCGAGCACAGAGUAGUUUCAAUUAAGCAAGCUACUCCACUUUCCAGAAUGAGUGUGCCAAGCGAGCUGCCGGCCAGCUCAGCCAUAGAGCUGCCUGAAGGCUGGUGCCGGCGGAAUGACGUCAGCAUCGGUGACACGGCAAUGUGGAAAGCUGAUUCGCCAGCUUUCAUCGCAAGAGAUGCACCUGACUUCGGGGCCAGUCGCGCAGAGGUAGAGGAAGCCAUCCGAGAUGGCAGCUACCAAGCCUAG